UUCCAUCCCGUAAAACUUGGGCCUGGUAAAGCGGUACCAGGCGAGAAACACACUGGGAAGCGCCAGUUGUUCGACUUCUUACCUGCUCGGCAUAGGCCACCGCCCCCUCCUAGUCCCGCCUUCUCUGCCUCUACGAAUGGAGGAGCCGAGGACAGAGCUCGGCUUCUGAUUGGAGGAAGGACCGCCUCACCUUGCCCGCGGACGGACUGCAGCCCCGCUUUUUCCGCUGAGAGUGGUUGUUUGUCCUCCUGUCAGAGCGGCGGUCUGACAAUCGGUUCGCGGGUAUUCUGGAGAUCGCUUUUGCUGGGAGACUCUGGGUCCCCUUGGCCUUCGGCCGCGGGAGUGCUGUGAACUCGCAGGUAGACGAUGCCGCGAACAGGAGACCGCGCCGAGCGUGGCGACAGGAGCGAGGAGCAGGUGUCUGGCGCCGAAGUCGUGGCCCGAGCCCUGAAAACGCAAGGUGUGGAGUACAUGUUUGGCAUCGUUGGCAUCCCAGUGACCGAAAUCGCCGUCGCCGCGCAGGCACUGGGCAUCAAGUACAUCGGGAUGAGGAAUGAGCAAGCGGCUUGUUACGCUGCUUCUGCAGUUGGAUAUCUGACAGGCAGGCCAGGGGCAUGCCUGGUGGUUUCUGGCCCGGGUCUCAUCCACGCCUUGGGUGGCAUGGCAAACGCAAACAUGAACUGCUGGCCCUUGAUUGUGAUUGGUGGCUCCUCGGAAAGAAGCCAAGAAACGAUGGGAGCCUUCCAGGAGUUCCCCCAGGUCGAAGCGUGUAGGUUGUAUAGCAAGUUCUCUGCCCGGCCAAGCAGCAUAGAAGCGAUUCCCUCUGUUAUUGAGAAGGCCGUGAGAAGCAGUAUUUAUGGUCGCCCAGGUGCUUGCUAUGUCGACAUACCUGCUGAUUAUGUGACCCUCCAAGUGAAUUCAAAUGCCAUCAAGUACGUGGAGUGCUGCAUGCCGCCCCCUGUUAGCAUGGCAGAAACCGCUGCUGUCCGGAUGGCAGCAUCACUUAUUCGGAAUGCCCAGCAGCCCCUUCUCAUCUUUGGGAAAGGUGCCGCUUAUGCCCAUGCAGAAGAGAGUAUCAGGAAAUUGGUGGAGCAGUGUAAAUUGCCGUUUUUGCCCACCCCCAUGGGAAAGGGUGUUGUCCCCGAUAACCACCCGAACUGUGUCAGUGCAGCCAGAUCCAGGGCUUUGCAAUUUGCUGAUGUAAUUGUGUUAUUUGGGGCAAGAUUAAAUUGGAUUUUGCACUUUGGACUGCCUCCACGAUACCGACCAGAUGUGAAGUUUAUCCAGGUUGAUAUCUGUGCUGAGGAGCUGGGGAACAAUGUAAGGCCUGCUGUCACUUUGCUCGGAGAUUUAAAUGCUGUCACUGGACAGCUUCUAGAAGAAUUCGAAAAGACCACGUGGCAGUAUCCUCCAGAGAGCGCGUGGUGGAAGAGCCUGAGGGAGAAGAUGAAGAGCAAUGCGGCCAAGGCCCAGGAAUUAGCGUCCAGCAUGUCCCUACCUAUGAAUUACUACACAGUUUUCCACCACGUUCAAGAACAACUCCCUCGAGAUUGCUUUGUGGUGAGCGAAGGAGCCAACACCAUGGACAUUGGACGCACUGUGCUUCAGAACUACUUCCCCCGUCACAGGCUCGAUGCUGGCACUUUUGGAACAAUGGGCGUCGGCUUGGGAUUUGCCAUUGCAGCUGCUAUCGUGGCUAAAGAUAGAAACCCGGGGCAGCGCGUCAUCUGUGUGGAAGGCGACAGUGCAUUUGGCUUUUCUGGCAUGGAGGUGGAAACCAUCUGCAGGCACAGUCUACCCAUCAUACUCUUGGUGGUGAAUAAUAAUGGAAUUUACCAAGGGGUUGAUCCUGGCACUUGGAAGGAGAUGUUAAAUUUUGGAGACGCUGCUGCUACGACCCCUCCCAUGUGCCUUCUGCCAAACGCCCACUAUGAGCAGGUCAUGACUGCAUUUGGGGGCAAAGGGUAUUUUGUACAAACACCAGCGGAACUCCAAGACUCCCUGCGGCAGAGUCUGGCAGAGACGACUAAACCCUCCCUCAUCAACAUCAUGAUUGAGCCACAAGCCACACGAAAGGACCAGGACUUUCACUGGCUGACCCGCUCUAAUCUGUGAAUCAAAGUACCAGGGGGAGUCUUGAGAAGUUCUCUCUUUCCUGCAAGAUGGGAUUUAUUCUACAGCAAAAUGACUGUCAGAGUAAAGUUGUACAAAGGGAAAAAAUCUCUAGAUAACACUUUUAUAGCAAAAGAAUUAAUUUUAAAGAGCAGGGUAGCCAGUAAUCUAUUACCAAAACAAACAUUUGAAGAUGAAAAAUCAGGAAUCUUAUUAAGCAACACUAUAGUAUUGAGCUUACUAUGCAGUUUACACGUUGCUAUUCUUUGACAUGAAUCCGUUCUUAAAGUUAUAGAUCUUUUAAAAACAUCUUCCAAAGGAAAAAGCCCCAAGAAUUGUCCAGUGGCACUGUUCAGUGAGUUUGGGUGCACGAACUCUUUCUACUUCAUAUUUUAUCUGUUGGCCACUUGGUGCUACAGCCUGUGAAGAAUUAAACGGGGCUCCUUCUACAUUUCAUGAGACUUUUGUGUCUUUUCUGGAAAGACUUUACCGCAUCAAAGGAGAAAACACACUACACCCAAGCUAUUAAGGUAGAGCAUAUGCGGGUUAACAACCUUAGUUGAUGCAUACUUUGUCCAACCGCAUUGAGAUACAACGAAUAGCCUAAAUGCAUUAAGAACUCUUUAUAAAUAAGAAAACUAUUAAUUUACCAUCAGAAAAUAGGCAAAGGUUAUGCACAUGCAUGUGUAAUUCAUAUCAAAAUAUAAACCAUCAAUAAAAAAUGGAUGGGAAUACCUAAGUAAUACUGAGAAAUCAGUUGUUGCCUAUUCACUUGCAGAGAGCUUUUAAAAUGGUAAUUCUCAGCACUGGUGAGAGGAUGGUGAGAUGAGGACUUUUGAAGUUAAAACUAGCACCCCAUUUUUGAAGAACAAUUCUAGUAUUGCUCGUAUUGAAAAUAUUUAGAUAUAAAGCCACUCAGCCUAGCUUUCUUUGGGAGCAACCUUGGUGUUUAAUCAUAGGUUGUCGGCUACAUAAAUCCUGGGCUGUCAUGCAGAGCAGGGUGUGCGAACCUUGUCACACCUCCUCUCACUUCACAGGGCCAUCAGCAUCAGCCCCAGGCUGGCUCCUGGGAGGUGCAGGUCACACUUAACCUCCACCCUCCAACCUUUGCACCAAUCCUGACAUCAACCGUCCCUUGUGUAGCACGCUACCUCUCUGCUGGCUUCAGUAAUAUGUCACAUGGCCACAUGGAACUCACAGACCACAGUCAUAGUUUAUUAUGGGGCUGGUAUUAGGUAAGCAAUAUGUUACAAUCCAGGAUCAGGAAUGACUCGGGAGACAGUCCUUUGGUCAGGACAGCUUUAUGGCCAUGUCUGCAAGCAGGCCUUGCUCUUGUCUCCUCGGUCCUGCUUAGGGGAUGCUACAGCCCUUUCUUUGACUCCUCUGAGGGCACUUCGCUGUUUUGCUGUGCAGUCAGCACACCCACCGUAGCUGCCUUGUUCCGUUGGAGGAACUAUGCAUUCCUCCAGAAUGUGUAUCAACCUGGCUGGGCCGUGAUUCUUAGUGGUUUGGUAGUUACAAGAUGAUAUAAUUACUCUCCAUGGUGUUACCUGAUGUUAACCAAUGUUAGCUGUUAUCUAAUGUUAUCUGAUGUUGUAAGGGGAUUAGAGUGGAAUACAACACCCUCCCUCAGAACACAGUGCUGAUACAAUGUAAGAUGAGUCUCCCCAGGGGUGAGCUAUAAUACCUUUUAUAGUACAAGAGAUAAAAGAAACCAGCAGAGAAAGAGGGACCGUCCUACUGCCAUCAAAAAGGACCCAGGAAUGGAGUGUGUCCUUGGACCCAAGGUCACCGUGCUGAGAACUUUCCAGACCCAGAGAAACAUUAAUGCCAACACAGAUGGAGAUCUCUAAGGAACAUCAAACCACAGAUACUGAAGGGAGACGGGGGCCUUCCUCCGGAGAUAAUAGAGAAAGCCUUCCCCUACAGCUGUCAUUCUGAGGUCGCACUUCUAGCCUCCGAAACUGUGAGAAAAUAAACACUGAUUACGUAGACCGUC